UAGUAUCUAUGACCUUACCGUUACACUAGUGUUACUAUAUUCACUUUAAUUUAAAAUAGAAUCUGAAGAAUUCACAAUUUGCAUCUUUGAGUCUGCAUCUGUUCGAUUUAUUCUGCCAGUUUUGCCUAAUACAGUUAUAAUUUUAAUUAUUACUGCGAUUUUUGCGAAUUGGCGAAUUAACUAUAAGUAAUUUAUUGUGGUGUAUGUUAGUGUUUUAAAAUGGCUGAUAAAAAAGCUGCAGGAGCAGUAUUACCUCCUACAGCAGUUGUCUCACUCUCCGGUGCACCAACUUCUGCUCCUCCGCAAGUUAACACACCUAGUAUGGCACCUACUCAUCAGCCUUAUGGAGUCCUGCCAGGCAUUUCAGCUGCGCCUCCGUAUAUGGUUCCCGGCCAGCAGUUGUAUGCACAAGGUCCUCCACCAACUUAUGAUCAAGCUCUUACUCAUCCAGCUAUUGUAGGGCAACCUGUUUACCAGCCAAGUGCCACCAUGUACGCCGCGGGGUACCCGACUUACUUGAGUUAUCCCACGUAUGCUCCUAUGCAAUACUAUCCUUCAAUAGGGGCGUAUUCGUAUCCUGUUCAGCAUGCGCAAUUGCGACCGACAAUCAUGAUUCCUAACGGUUACGACGCAGCAGCACGUUAUGAUGGCUUAGGUCAACCUGUGAUUCCUCCGGCCCCCCCAGGGGUGCCGCCAAAUGCUGCACAGUUGGCAGCUAUGGCAGGACAUCCAGUUGCCAUAGGUCAGAAGAAAGGUUCCUUUUUAACUGGCAGUUCCGAUGGGGGAUAUACUUUUUGGUAGGAAAUAAGAUAGCAGAAGUAGAAAUAAUAAAAUCAUUAGGGAAAUAUUUCCAUAUUUUUAAUCUUAAAACUACUCUGGUACAACAGUAAUUCGAUAUACAUCGCAGGCUUGUCAUGCAUUUGAAUAGAACACUUAACCCAAAAGUUCACAUAAAAAUCUAAUCUAAACCUUAAACGCGUUUGGACAGCGAAGGUGUCAUCCUCAGAAACCAAAUAAUCUAAAAUUUAAAAUUUAUUAUAUAAGUAGUUAAGAUUCAUCUGUAAUUCUUAUUGAAAAUUUGAAUGGAGACAUAAAUAGAAUAAAUAAAACAAAAAAAUUACACCUGGAUAAAAAAUCAAUAUCAUCAAUUGGUCACUAGUGAUUGUUUGAAUGAAAACAUGCAAAUUUGAAUAAUUAAACAAAGGUUCAUACCAAGGGCAAAGUUUAGGGGUGGUCACAAUUGUUACAACAGUAAUGAGUAACUUUCAGUACCAAACAGACAAAAACGAACUGCACAUUGCGUAUACUUCAUUAAAUCGCUUGAAAAUCCAUCGCCCUGAAUUUUGGUUGAGUUGUUUAGUACCCACAAAAACUAACUAAACUUCUCGGAUACGUGGUUUGAUUUAACUUUGCUGAUGUGUGGGAUCUAAUUUUAAUUCAGUAAUAAUCGAAGUUAGGGAUAGUACCGUUGUUUGAGUUAUUUUGUGUUUAUUUUUGUAUAUUGGGUGUCGAAAGGGGUUAAAUUUUCGAAACAUUCUUGUGUGGAAUUUUGGGUUUUAAUUCUUGGAUAUUUUUGAGUCUGUUCUAAAGGUCACAAAUUUACUUUACUUUUGAUAUGCUAAACAAAUAAAAAAUAUUUUAUUUUGUUUUUCAUACGGUAUUACGUGUUAUUUUACAUAUAACAUUAAUAUUUAUUAGUGCAAUAAAGACGUAUUUAUCGCAAGAAAGAAUUGUCUAAUUGUACAUGUUCUUUAUCUAAGAUUUUUUUAUUGUGAUAUUAUUUAUUUCAUUGACGAUUUCUUAUAUAUUUUUUUAUAAGAUUAGAAAACUAAAUAUUUCAAAUAAAAAGUGUUAUUAUCAUUUUUGCAUUUAUAUCUUUGUUGGAACGUUGUUUAAAAAGAUUUUUUAUUGGCACUAUAUAGUCGCAUUAAAAUUAAUUAUUUAAGAAAAUAAAAUACAAGAUAAAAUUUUGAUUUAAGAUAAGUAUUAUAAAUACCUAUCUUUAUUAUUGUCGUUAAAUACUUCAUUCUUUGUUUUAUUUACUUGCAAUAGAAAUUUUGCUCAACAUUGUCAUACAUUAAAUUGUUUCCAAAUUGUGAACAAAUAUAAAACACCAAGUUAUUGUUAUAUGUUCAUCAUAUAAAACGAUUUAUAAAUUGGUGUUGAUUUUUUGUUUGUAAUUUGGAGGUGGAAAAAGUAAAUACAACUUGUACCUUUAUAAAUCUACUACGUUAUUACUAAGAUUUAUUUUCUAUAUUUUAUGUCAUGCUGAUCGUCAUUAAUAAACAUCACAGUUACACAAUUAUUUUAUUUAAAUAGUUUGAUUCUAUAUCCC